CGCGCGACUGCCUGCCAGUGCGCUGCUCCGAGUCUGAGCGCAGCAGCGCCAUGUGAACUUUCUGUGCGUCCUAACUUUGGGAUCAGGAUUUCUUAACCGUACCGGUACACUUUUCCAUUACGUUACUUUCACAUUUAAUUGUAAUUAAGUAUUGGAUUGCGAAAUGCGGAACCUAUACACUUGACACUAUUUGGAGGACUGUGAAGUUUAAUGCCUUUUGAAUUUACACCGGCAAGCAAGUGACAUUUCAGACCUGAAGUACUCUAUCGGACUAAUUUUAGCAAUAUAGAAAUGGAUGUGGAGGAAUGCAAAAUAUCUGUGUGGGUUUGCCGAGAGGAGAAGCUGGUCUCCGGGUUAUCCAGGCGCACUACCUGCGCCGAUGUUGCCAAAGUUCUUCUCGAAGAUCAGAAUUUACACCAAGGCACGACUGUGCUGUCUGGGUCUCCGCAAUCCUACUGUAUUGUGGAAAAAUGGAGAGGAUUUGAAAGGAUUCUGCCAAACAAGACAAAAAUACUUCGCCUGUGGAACGCAUGGGGAGAGGAGCAGGAAAACAUAAGAUUUGUCCUGGUUAAAAAUGAGGCGUCUUUACCUAACAGCGGACCGCGAAGCGCCGAGGCGCGCGUAGUGCUCAGCAAGGAGAGUCCGUGCGUUUAUAAGGGCACCGCACGGGUAACGAUGACUUUGUCUCCAGAAAAACAGAGAAGAAUUGUUAGAAAGGCUUUCAGAAAGCUGGAUAAAAUUAACAAAAAGAAAGCAGAAGCUCUAUCUAAGGAUACAUCCUCUGUUGAGAAGAUGGAAACUUUAGUACAUCUAGUGAUAUCACAAGAUCAUACUAUUCGCCAACAGAUUCAAAGGAUUAGGGAGCUUGACAGAGAGAUUGACAUAUACGAAGCGAAAAUUCACUUCGACAGGAUGAAAAGACAUGGGAUCAAUUAUGUGCAGGACACGUACCUGGUGGACUCGAAACCCGAGCUGGAUUCGGUUCACCAAAGCGACAAGCCGUGUCCUGCCGAGACCUUUUCCCAGUUUGAGGAGUAUGCCAGGAGAUGCGAAGAAGUUCUCAUGCUGCAGGAGAAACUGGCCGAGCAAGAAUCACUGAUGGACAGUAUUACUGCAGAAAUGCAAGAAGAGCUGAACCAAAGCUGGAUGAAACGACGGCAGAAGGAGCUCACCGGCAAAGACCUUGCGGAGAGCAGCUCGGCCCCUGUGCCUGCCGCGAGCGCAUCGGCAGGGACUGACAUCUCACCCGACGAUGAGUUGCUUUUGGAAGAGGAGAGGAUUAAAACACAGCUGGACACUAGCUUAUAUAUUGGGCUACGUUUGAACACGGACUUGGAGGCUAUUAGGGGUGAUCUGAAUCUGAGCCAGGAGUUAUGGGAUGCGAAAGAUAAAGAACUGAGGAGUCUACUGGAGAAAGUUAACGCUUUGGAUACAGAGGAAGCGGCAAAACGGUCGGAGGACGAGAAAGAAAAUGCGUCCGUGGUGACUGAGAGUGUGAUGUCGCCGUCCUUAGAGAGAGACUGCGAGUGGGUGGAACAGGCCAGGGGGCUCUCAAAGGCCUGUGACACGAACGACGAGGACUCGGACACGGGGCUCAGCUCCAUGCACAGCCAGGACUCGGACAAUGCACCUGUUUGCGAGUCGCUUGUCUGAUCUGAUUUUUAAAACUGCACGAUUGCCCAAUAAACUCAGGAAACCACACUGUUUGUAAUAGUAAAAUUCACCUUGUUCAUGCAAAAUGCGUAAUUUAUUAAUAAGAUGUCAAAUUGCAUUCACAUUAUGGUUGUUAAACGUAAAUUUGAAAAAAAUCGUCACUAUAAAGCUCAAACGAAAAAGUAAUUGAUAAAUAUGAUUCCAGGAUCUAGUACGUUAGAAAUCUUAACCUGACUUUAGUUAUUGAUUUGUCGCAAUAAAGAACAUUCCCUUGA